UUGAAUGCAGCCCCCUGCAAGAUGGCGGGCAGGCGAGGAGCUUGGUAUGUGCCUUGUCUAGCUUCACUUGAGACCAUCCAGGAAUUAUGUAGGAAGGAAAAUCUCACAUGUAAAUCCCUUGGAAUCACCAACAGGAAUCUAAAGAGUUAUGAGGUGGAAUAUUUAUGUGACUACAAGGUAGAAGAGGGCACAGAGUACUUCCUUGUGAAAUGGAAAGGAUGGCCAGAAUCCUCAAAUACCUGGGUAGCUUUGAAAAAUCUUAAAUGCCCAUUGCUCCUUCAGUACUUCCAUAGUGACAAGAAUGAAUAUUUAUCUCAGCUAAAGCGAGGCAAAGCUGUAAUAUUGAAAAACCAUAUUAAAGCUUUGAACCCUGUAGUAGCACAGUACGUAGUAAAGAAGGCUAAACAAAGAAUAGCUCUUCAGAGAUGGAAGGAAGAACUCAAUCGGAAAAAGAACCAUAAAGGAAUGAUUCUUGUAGAAAACACUGUGGAUCUUGAGGGCCCUCCUUUAGACUUUUACUAUAUUAAUGAAUAUAAACCUGCUCCAGGAAUAAAUGUAAUGAAUGGAAUCACAACCGGCUGUGAAUGCUCUGAUUGCCCUGCUGAGAAGUGUUGUCCAGAAGAGGCUGGAUUUUUCUUGGCUUACAAUAAAAAAAAGCAGUUAAAAAUCCAACCAGGCUUGCCUAUCUAUGAAUGCAACUCGUACUGUAGAUGUGGUCCUGAAUGCCCUAACAGGAUAGUACAGAAAGGCACACCAUAUUCUCUUUGCAUCUUCAGAACUAACAAUGGACGUGGCUGGGGAGUAAAAACCCUCCAGAAAAUUAAAACAAAGAGAUUUGUGAUGGAGUAUGUUGGAGAGGUGAUCACAAGUGAGGAAGCAGAGAGACGAGGUCAACUGUAUGACAACCAAGGAAAUACAUACUUGUUUGACUUGGACUAUGACUCGGAUGAAUAUACGGUGGAUGCAGCUCGAUAUGGAAAUGUGUCCCAUUUUGUGAAUCACAGUUGUGAUCCAAAUCUUCAGGUCUUCAAUGUUUUCAUUGAUAACCUUGACCUACGUCUUCCUCGGAUAGCACUGUUUUCUACGAGAACCAUCAAGGCUGGAGAAGAGCUCACCUUUGAUUAUCAGAUGAAAGGUUCUCUAGAUGUGACUUCGGACUCUGAUGCUGUCAGCCCAACGAGAAAGAGGAUCAGAACUGUGUGCAAGUGUGGAGCUGUGUGUUGCAGAGGGUAUCUCAACUGAAUUCUCAAUAGCCAAAGUUGCAAAUAAAUUAUUUCAUUUUGUGUCUUUUUAAAUGUAUUUUAGGAAGACUGCUGUUCUAGUUCACUUAUACUUACAAAUUGGAGUAUUUUUACAUAUGAGUGAAUCAAUAUAAUGAAAACAAAGCAUUAAAUUUGUAUUUGAAAAUGUCAUUAGCCAAAGAAAGAGAUCUGAUAUUACAACUGCUCUUAAGUAUGAAAACUGGCUAUGUGGAUUAAAAACUAGAUCUCCUUGGAAUUAUUUGCACACUGUGGAUUAGGAGCUGAUGAAGGUGCAUGUUAAUGUGACAUCAAAGUUGAAUAUUCAAGUGUGUUUAUGAUUCCAAUCCUGUGAAGAGCUGAUUUCAAUAUGAGGGUGUUCCACAUCUUGUGCUCUAUGAAAUGGAAAUCCAAUACCAUUGAUGUACUAGAAAUCACAGUUGACUUACCAUUUUUCUUAAAAGGUUUCAAGAAGUAGCAGUAAAAUUUGGGGCCCCGAUCCUCCAUUGGGAUCUACCGCCAUUAAAUUCUGCAUAGGUACACUUCAUAGAGUAGACUUAAGAAAUAGUUUUUGUUUUUUUGACGUAUCCAUGGAACUUCACACGAGACUGAUCAGUGUUAGCAGAUGCUGGAUACAAGAUUGGGUAGUAAUCACUGAAACAAAUCAUUGGUGAAGGUUUGGAAAGCGAUAGACAGGAAUUGAGUAAAAAAAAUAGCCAAUAUUUCUUUCAUGAACCUAGUGCAUUGAUACCCAGUUAUAUGGCAUAGACAUAAAAGUAUCCCAGCAAUGUAAUUGUAUCAACAGCUGUCUUAUAUUAUGUUACGAACUUUUACAUAUUGUGAAUUUUUUCUACCUAGUGGUAGACUUUAAACACAUUAUGCCAAUUUUUUUUUUCCUGUUGUAAUAACAUAACUUCAGUGAAGUUACAGAAAGGGUGAAUUUACCCAUUUACUGUAGACAGUAGUAAGACGUUCUUUGAAUCUUGAAUGUAAAAGGCUGAAAAACUUACUGUUCUUCAGCUUCUUGAAUAUUUUUUUUCUGUUAAACUUCUGAUAUUUUUGAAGAUUAUUGAAAAUGUGAUGAUGUAUGCUAAAUUGUUCUUGACUUCAGAGAAGCACCCAACAGCAAUUAAGUUAGUUGUAGACUAUGGGUGGAACCACAUAGUAACUGUACUCUAGGGACAAAAGUUCAAUUCUUAUUUUCUCAUUGAUUGAUUGUAAACAUUGCAUAUUUCUUGGAAGUGAUGUACAGAAUCUUUAAGGGGAUCAGGCAUAACUGCUGCUCAUCAAAUAGACAUUUGCUGUAUAUCAUGAAGUCAGCUACUUACUUUUAUAAGGUACAGUGCUGUUGGCUCAGGUGGUUGAGGUCAAGUGUUCAGCCUGUGAUUAUCUACUUGGUUUGUUAAAAAUAUGCCUUAAAUUUCAUGUUUGUUGAAGGACAAUAUGAUCAUUUGUUAAUUUAAAAGCACAAAUGUACAUGAACUGCAGAACUGGCUCUGUGUAGGGAUAGUGACAUUUUGUACAGCAAGGCUUAUCCAAUUUGUGAUUGGGCAUACAUGUUGGGGGCUAUUAGCAAUGCACAAAGCUAUGUAUCUGCUUGUCAACUGAAGAAUUUAUAAUUUUAAAGUAGAUGAUUUAUAUUGUUUAAUGAAUGGCACACUAAUUGCUUAGGUUUAAACACAUCUAACAUUGCUAUGCUACCUGGAGUCCAGGCUUGGAUGAAACUGCUGCAUCUAGUCAUUUUUAAAGGUAUUAUUGUUAUCGGAUAGAAUUAGUCAUGCGUCUCCCCCAUAAGUAUUUUAUAAAUCUUAAGGGAACCUUAAAUGCCCUUUUUAAAAAAAAAUUGUUUGAGCCAAAUUCAUUUCUUUUCCAUUUACAUAUUGCCCCAGUAAACGGGGUUGUGUGCGCCCAUGUAAUCCUUCAUUUCAUUUCCUUGCCCCUGUCCAAGCUGCUCCCCAGGCUCUCUCUCUACAAGACAUGAAAGGCCUCAGACACUUUGGUUGGCUGCUCUGCUCCUUCCUCUUUAGCCCUGCUCAUGGGUAUCCUUAACAAAAUACAUGGAUAGGCAAUUACAGAUAUCUACAUUUUAAGUAGAUAAAGGUCUGCCAGCUGUCAAAACCCGAAUGUAGGUCCUGUCUUUUUACAAGUCAGUGUGUAUAACACCAGCUGCUAUUCUUUAGGGGCUGUGUGUUACCUCUCCUGCAGGCCACAGACAGGACCCUGGAUUCAAAUCUUGGCAGGUAACAGGAAAUUAUUAGAUAUAAAGUCUACUGCUGUAUCCUGUUAUUUAUUUAGGACCUCAAACCAUGUUUUGUGUUUACCUGUUUACAGUGCAUUUCAAUUUGCCUUGUGUUAAUGGGACAUUAAGUUGUUUUUAAAUGUGACAUUGAAAAAGCUGUUUUCAGUUUCUUAGCAAGCUCCGGCCAACCUUGCUUUGGCCUUUUCUGCUUUUUUGUAGGCAUUACCACUGCAGCUGUGCAAAUAGCUCUUGGGUACUGGUAACCUGUUAACUGUCUUCUGGCUGGUUUUGAGGUAGCAAAACUAAAAAUGCUGCAGCAUCCUCACCAAGCAAAAGCUAUUGUGUAUUUAUUUAAGUUCUCAGUUAUACCAACUCUUUGUGUAUUGGGGCUGUGUACUUGUUUAUAACCUCAGGAACAUUACUUUUUCAUAAGAUAUGA